AUGGGGCGUGGAAGGAUACCCAUGGAUCUGAUCGAGAAAGAGAAGGCUCGAAAGACAACAUUUCAGAAGAGAAAGAACGGAUUAAUGAAGAAAGUUUACGAGUUUUCAACACUUUGUUCAGUUGACGUUGGUGUGAUUAUCUUUGCCUCAAAGUUUCUUGAUGAACCUGAAAUAUGGCCACAAGAACCAAGAGAGUUGAAACGUGUGAUUCAGAAAUAUCUGAACACUACCAGUGAUAGGCGUCCAAAGGUGUAUGAUGUGGAAGAGUAUUUCGAUGAAAGGAUGAAAAGGAUUGAAGGAGAGAUUUCCAAAGUGCACAAAGGGAAGAUCCAACUCAUGUAUCCAACCUGGGAUGACUCUUACAAUACUCUUGAAGAGGAACAGUUGAGGAUGUUUGUAAGCAUUUUGGAUGCUAAGCUUGAUGCUUGUAAUCAUAGGAUGAACAUGUUCAAACGAGAUUCAAAGGGAAAAGUAAUAGAAGAAUCAGACAAUGAUGAAGCACUUGUUCCUUACUUGGCUCCAACUUUAGGUAGUCACCUCAGUUUCAUGCAGAACAUGUCUCAAACACAGGUUUUUCCUACUAAUGAUAACAAUCAAGUACCAUUUUAUCCAUGUCAUCUCAGCCAAACUUCUCUACCUUCUUUCUUUCAAUUGGGUCAAAACUUUACCCAAUUGAUAGAUAAAAAUAUAGCAGUGGAUUGGAAUAAUCAAGUUGGUGCAAUUGAUCAUAAAAUGAAUACGCAACAGGAUGAUAGAACAAACAAAAACCAAAAUUCAUCAUCGUGCUAUUACAAUGCAAAUAUUCAAACAAUGCAGCCGUAUAAUGAUGUUGCUUUGCAAACUCUUCCUGUUCAAUUGCAGUGCGAUGCAACAUUCCAGAGCCUGUCAAAUCGACCAGGUCCAUCACAAGGAUUUGAACCUAAUGAUGUUUCUAAUAUGCUUCAACCUCAUUUUCUAAACUAUAUGCACAGAAGAAAGUAG